AUGGCUUUCGCGGGGUGGAAACCGUUCAAGUUCUUCGACGGCUCCCAAGUCAAGCUCCCGGACGCGUCGCUGUUCGAUCAAGGAAACAUCACUAGCGUUGCGUCCGGGUCCGACAAUGUCUUUCUGGGUAGCCAAGAUGGCGUCGUCCGCAUCGUCUCGAGCGCCUUCAAGGUCGUCCGCGAGUUCCAAGCCCACGAUACCGGCUCCAUCCGAUACAUGAAGCAAGUUCCCGGCACCUCGCUGCUUGUGACGAUAGCCGAGGAUCUUUCGAGCGAGCCAACGUUGAAGGUCUGGGCCCUCGAUAAGCUGGAGAAGAAGACCAAUGCUCCGCGCUGCCAGUCUUCCCUCACCAUUCACAAUGGCAGGAAGCAGUUCCCCGUCACUGCUUUCGCAGCCAUGGAUGACCUGUCGCAGCUUGCUGUUGGCUUCGGCAACGGUUCGGUGACUGUAGUGCGAGGAGACCUUAUUCACGACCGUGGCGCGCGCCAACGAACCGUCUUUGAGACCGAGGAGCCCGUAACCGGCAUCACCUUCAGAGAGGGCAGCAUCACGACGCUGUACAUUGCCACAACAGGUCGUAUAUCAACCCUGGUCAUAUCUGGAAGGGGCCAAGGACAGCCGGCUCGCACGCUGGACGAGACGGGCUGUGGUGUAGACUGCAUGACUGUCGACAAAUCGACCGGAGACGUCAUUGUUGCCCGAGACGAUGGCCUUUACUGUUACGGACUCGGUGGCAGGCGUUCUUUCGGUGCCUACGAGGGGCCGAAAAAGAUGAUCAGCACCUACAAGGACUAUACCGCCACCAUAUCUCCUCCAAGGACGAACACCAUCACGCGUGCAGUGAGAGCUUUUGGCGGCAGCGUCGCCGAUGAUUUGUUCUCUACAUCUAAUUUCACCAUUCUGGAUACUGAUUUGAAGAUCAUCGCCCAUCAAGAGGCCCUGCCAUCCGGAGUUCAAGCUAUGUUUGUCGAAUGGGGUGAUCUCUUCGUGCUUACUCAAGACGGCAAACUCUUCCGAUACCAUGAGAAGUCAUUCCAGCAAAAGCUCGAACUCGUCUACCAGAGGAACCUCUACGUUCUUGCAAUCAACAUGGCCCAAAAGGCGGGUGUGGACAAAGCAACGCAAAACGUAAUCCUCAGGAGAUAUGGCGAUCACCUCUAUCAGAAGGGCGACUAUGAUACCGCAAUGCAGCAGUACCUCAAGGCAAUCGACAACACCGAGCCGUCCCAGGUCAUUCGCAAGUUCCUCGACACGCAACGGAUUCAUAAUCUAAUCGAAUAUCUCGAAGAACUACACGAGCACCAAAAAGCAACUCCAGACCACACAACUCUGCUUCUGAACUGCUAUGCCAAGCUCAAGGAUGUCGACAAGCUUGAGGCAUUCAUCAGGUCUCCCGGUGAUCCGAAGUUCGACCUGGACACUGCCAUCGCCAUGUGCCGUCAGGGUGGUUAUUUUGACCAAGCCGCCUUUUUGGCCAGGAAACACAACGAGCACGAGCUGGUCAUCGAUAUUCUGAUCGAGGACUCGAAGUUAUACGCGGAAGCACUUGCGUACAUCUGGCGCCUCGAACCCGAAGCUGCCUACCAUAACUUCAUGAAAUACGCCACCGUCCUGCUCGAGCAUUGCCCUAAGGACAUGACUCAAGUCUUCAUUGAGUACUACACUGGUCACUUCCAACCGAAAAAGGAUGCCGUGGUUAUACCCGACGCCCCCGCAACUCAGGGAAUGGGACUCGUCAGUAAUGCCACAACUGCCGUCCAGAAUCUGGCCGCGCUUCUCCCCUUACCUUACAUGAACGUCAAUGCCAUUUCUUCACCCGGAUCUGGCGACCAGAGGACGACAGCGAGCCAAGCACAGAUUGUAGAAACCACCGUUGAUGAGCCUGCGUCCGAGUACAAAGUCCCCAAACCUCGCACGGCUUUCUCCUCAUUUGUCGAUCACCCCAACGAGUUCAUUAUCUUCCUCGAGGCUUGCAUCGACUCGCACAACAUAGGCGAGGAAGACAAAGUUGAUCUCUAUACUACAUUGUUUGAGAUGUAUUUGCACACGGCGGCCAGCGCAAGAGAGGGGGAUAAGGAAGAGUGGGAGAGCAAGGCCAAAAAGCUUGUGGAGGGCAAGGACAUCCCGAUCGACAAUUCGAACGUCCUACUCCUGUCGGAGCUGACGAACUUCAAGGACGGAACGAUCCUUGUCAGAGAGCAACAAGGCCUUCGUGCUGACAUCUUCCGGGCCUAUACGUCCGCCAAGGAUACGCCAGGCGCAAUCAAGGCACUUCGUAAAUAUGGACCGGAGGACCCUUCCCUCUACCCCACCGCGCUUGCCUACUUCACCUCGUCUCCAGCUAUUCUAGAAGAAGCGGGUGACGAGCUCGACGCUGUUCUACGCAAAAUCGAUGAAGAUGGCCUCAUGGCCCCGCUUCAAGUCAUCCAAACGCUUAGCUCCAACGGAGUCGCCACCAUGGGCAUGAUCAAGAAAUACCUCGCCACGACCAUCGAUCGCGAGCGCCGCGAGAUUGCAAACAACCGCAAGAUGAUACAAACCUUUACGUCGGAUACGGUGGCCAAGAAACAAGAGCUAGAGACACUCAACUCCAAACCCAUGGCCUUUACAGCAACCCGCUGCCCAUCGUGUCCCCACCCGCUCGAUCAGCCCACCGUUCAUUUCAUGUGUGGGCACAGCUUCCACCAGCGUUGUUUGAAUGUCGACUUCGAGCGUGAUAUUGAGGAUCCCACGAGUGGGGUUGAGUGCCCGAUUUGUGCACCGCAGAACGCGACCAUCAAGGCAAUCAAGAAGGCCCAGGAGGAGAGUGCUGAGAGGCAUGACAUCUUCUUGGAUGCAUUGGGGAAGAGCAGGGAUAAAUUCGGAACCGUCAGUGAAUGGUUCGGGAGGGGUGUCAUGAGUGCUGCAGGCACGGAAUAG